AGCUUAUUUGUCAUAUCGAAUAAUUAAAUCUCCCAUGCUGGAUACUACAUUCAGAUUCUAACAUUUGGGAAAUACAAUAAAAGGCCACGAUGUUCGUCAAGCUGUCCUUCGGUUGUUUGUUGAUUUUGUUCUCCGUUCGUGCUGAGACAAGAUCAAUCCCGAGAGAUCUCGAAGGCUUUUGUCCAGUUCUCAAAGUUACGAAGGCUGUUAGGGUGGGCAAGGCGGAGGCUCUUGGUUUAAAGUCUUUUUUGGAUCUGGUGACCGAGGAAAACCUUGCGAAGAACGAGCUCGAACCCUCGGUGGACGCCCAACCUGCUCACGUCAUGGAGCUACUGCCUCCAGAUUCUCCUAACCUAAUGGACCCUAAACCUAUCAUGGUGGCUUUUACCGACGAGAAGGCGAGGAAGAGGAAGAACUCGUCAAAGACUUCUGAGCCUCCCCCCAAGGAAGAACUGAGGCCAGCAUGUGCCUUUUUAGAGCAGAAACGUGAGGAUUUAGCUUCUCUUGAGGGUGACGUCUCCUCUUCCUUGCCCCCCAAGUCGUCCAAGAGCAAACCUCCGUCCAAAAAAGUCAAGCCUUCGGAAGUGGUCUUCACUCUUCUCCAGCCACCUAUGUCGGAGGAAAAUAAGGGGGAAAUUGAUCCUCUCCAAAUGGUUACCCAAGGGAGUGGGUUUCUUCACCACCUUGAGGUGACUGUGAAUGCCCCAAUUGAGCUAGUCCCAACCUCAGACACUGAAAGGGCCAUGUAGGUCAGAUUUAACAAGAAGACCAAACACAACAUCCAGGGCAUGGUUGAGUCCCUGACGUGCGUGAAGAUGAUGGAAUUCCAUUAUGACAGUCUUGCGACUCAACUGGUAGCGAAGGAGCACAAGCUGAAGGAGUCAUAGAUUAGGAGUUUGAUCUCUAGAUGAUGACGCCGAUCAAGGUUCUUACGAUUUGGGGGGUGGACGUGGUCAUCUUGGUGAGUUCACCCGCCUAGGUGAGUAUCCAACCUUGACUGGGGAGUCACGAUCUCAUGUUGAACAAAUUCGAGCUCAGUUGCCCUUUUCUUAUUCUGAGCUAAUGAAUCCUAUGCUGGCCGAGAUCCCGAGCAGCCAUAAGUAUCUGUUGUUUCUUGAAUAUUGUACCAUAUCUUUAUGGCGAAUCCCCCAAGCUCAUCCUUUGAUUGCCUUUCCUGCCCAGUUCCUGCGUACUUGAUCAAUUAGAGCGACGUGAUCGUAGUGCAAAUGGGUCAGAUAAUAGUAUGUGGUGAAUUUAGUUACUAAUGAAGGUGGGUAUAAAAUAGAUGUACUUAGUAGUUUUAUGAUUUUAUGAC